GCGCCAUCUUGCGGCUGGCAGAUGUAGAUGCGUUCUAAUUGGCUGUCUGCGCCAUCUUGCGGCUGGCAGAUGUAGACGCUUUCUAAUUGGCUGUCUGCGCCAUCUUGCGGCUGGCAGAUGUAGACGCUUUCUAAUUGGCUGUCUGCGCCAUCUUGCGGCUGGCAGAUGUAGAUGCGUUCUAAUUGGCUGUCUGCGCCAUCUUGCGGCUGGCAGAUGUAGAUGCGUUCUAAUUGGCUGUCUGCGCCAUCUUGCGGUUGGCAGAUGUAGAUGCGUUCUAAUUGGUGCCUGCGCUCACUGCCUGUUUCCUUCCUGUGUGAACGGCUCCGGGGUGCAGGAUGGUAAGACUUUCAUACAAACCUCCAGCUGGCUGGGAUUCGGUUCUCGGUUUGCUCAGGUGUCCCCGUGUUGAGCUGGUCCCCUGGCUGCAGUUUGUGGGUGUAGACACCCUGGCAGGGCCCAGUGUGCGGUUUGGGGCCUGUGCAGCUCACACUGGAUGACAUGGGUGUUGCUGCUGCCUGUCAUAUGAUCUGAGCCUGACAGUGUAACUCUAAAUCACGACAUAGCAGGUUAUUCAUUAAAAUGUGAAUUGUCACAAACUGAAGGCCUCAUUAGAUAAACAGAAACAUAGCUAACUUGGGGGGUUCUUUCCAGAUUAGUCUAUUUUGUUUCAGAAUUUGUAUUUAUUUUUUUCAUUCCUUAUUUAAAUUUAGACAGUAGUUAAUACAGCUGAAUGAGCAGUUGAUAUUAGUAAAUAAUAAAACAGUAGAGUAUAAAUAUCAGAGCAUAAGAAUACCAAUAAUUGUUCCUUUAAACACUUAUUUAGGGAUGAUGGUAGUCAUAUGGUAGAAAGUUAGGUCUUAAAAAUAUGCGUGCUGACCAUCUUUUGGUCAUUAUAGCAGGGUGCAUAUCUAGCUUCAAACUGUAAAGGUACAAAACAAAACAUGAAAGUUGUUACAGUAUUUAGUAUGAAAACAAGAGCAUAGCCUCAACUGUGAGGUGAUAAGAUGAAACUAAGGCUUAUCCCGCUAUGCAAGGGUUUAUACCUUUUAUAUAGAAAGAUCUCCUGUCAAGAGAGCAAAAAAGAAAAAGGACGAGGAAAACCGUAGGAUAGCGUAGAAGGGCGGAAAGAGAGGAAAAGAAAAAAACAAGUGCUGUUUGUGUCGUCAGAAAGAAGUAGGACAAGGUGACAGGAUGGCACUAAAACUUGCACAUAGCUACGGUGGUUGGCUUAGAAUUUUAAAUUCACUUUUAGCUUUUUCACUAAACUCUGUAUUGUACCGAAUGAAAAUCCCAAUAACACACAAUAGCUGAUUUAGAACAAUUGCCUACUCGGCUAUUUUCACACUGUAGUCUGAAUUUUGACAUUUGGUUUCGUAGUUUACUGAAUUAACUUUUUUAAUUUACUGGCAAUUAACGAUUUAGUAAAUAAACUGUAAUUGACAAUGUGGUAACAUGAAGCAUGUCAGGAGAACGAGCGUGUAUUUAUUACCAGUAUUAUGAUGGUGUUUAGCGAUAGCCAUACUGCAUACACUGUUAAUCAUACACAUUUUAUAAUUUCAUGUUUUAAAGAAUCGUGAAACUGCGAAAAGAAAAAAACGGAACUUGCAGAAUAUAGAUCUUUUAUUUAAAGAAAGAACUGGUGGUCAAAACCUUAAAAGGGAAACAUUAUUUUGGAACUAUAGUUUUCCUGAUUGCUUUUUCUCUCUUCAGCACUCACCACCCUUUUUUCUCAGUAAAAUUUAAGUUUAAUAAUAAUAUCACCCACCUCAUUUCUAGCAACAGACUUCUCUGCGGUACUCUCGACCUCCUCUGUCAGUGGUGUAAGCAAGCUGAUAUCACUUGCAAUCUCCUCCAAUGCACUUUUUCUCAAAGAGUAGCAACUGAUUGGAGCUAGGCCUACGCGUCCAAAUGCAGUCUCCUCCUCCAAUCAAAUGCUCCUAUCAGCAGCAUUUGAUUUUAGGCCUGAGUUUCACUUGGUUCUGGAGUAGGAAGUGCCUUUGGAGGUUUAUUUAUCUCUGCAAAGUAAACAAUUAAGUUUCUACUUAAGUUUUACGUGUGCAUAUCUAGUAAGGUUAUGCAUUGCAGGUUUUUAAACUACAGGAACACCCCACCCACACUAUUUCAUUGGGAUAAAGUAGUUUGGGUGACUUUAGUGGUCCUUUAAACUGCUAUAUUUUUAAGACUGAAUCAGAUAAAAAUAUUUUAAAGCAUUAUUUUACUAUUUAACGUUAAGUACACAUUUUAGUAAUUCCUUAUGUACAUUGUACAGAAAACCUAACUUUUGUUCCAGAAUGUUACCAUAUCCAAAUAUUUUAUUUUUAUAAUGUGUUUAAAGAGUAUUUGCAUUAAUUUAAAAUAAUAAAACGAUUAGACUGGGGGAAGAUGAAAUUGCUAAAAAAAGAAUAUUAAUUUGUCAUUACGCAUUUCAUAACUAAGCUUGUAUGGCAUUGUGAUUUAAGAAUAGCAAUAUAUCUUAGAGAAGCAGUUGUUAUCACAGUUAAACUAUUGCUAGAUGUGACUUUUUUUGGGGGGGGAUAGGGGGAAGUUUUAUUUUACAAAAAUGUAACCAUGGCAACAAUAACACUGUAAAAAGUAAAUAUGGAUUAGUGAUUGUUAGGGUUACAAGAACCAGGGCAGGAAAGCAAGAAUCUUUGGGUAAGGGUGAAUGCCUUAGUAAGGGAUAGGCAACCUUCGGCACUUCAGAUGUUGUGGACUACAUCCCCCCAUAAUGCUCUUACACACACAACGCUGGACAAGCAUCAUGGGAGGUGUAGUCCAAAACAUCUGGAGUGCCGAAGGUUGCCUAUGCCUUCCUUAGUUAAACACAAUACUACAUGUGUAAUAGGGUGCAUUGCCAAUUUUGCAACUACAAUGUUUUUCUAUCUUUCUGAAAUGAUUGUCUUUGGAACGUGGAAGUGGAAUUUCAACUCUGAAAAACACAACAUGGGGUUUAGAGCAAACAUAAAAAUACAGUGCAAUUGCACAAUCUUAAGGGUUUUUUUUUCUUUCUUCAACUAGACAUUUCACGUGGCCAGUGAUCUUGAGGAACAGUAUAAAAUGUGAAAUUGAAGUGUAGGAAUUACAACGCUUGUAUUGACAGACACACACAAAUAUUGCCAUGCACUUCAUUUACCUGAUUUACCAGUAACAAUUAAAGUGUGGCACUUGUCACCGUCUGCGGACUUUGCAUAAUUUGCAAAGACUAAUGACUGUGACAUUGCCGCUGAGGCGGAGGGGCAGGAAAAGGUGAGUUUAAGUUAUCUGAACCUGUUCCUUGCGGACACCGCCAUCUUCAGUGAGUAACAUAUUUCAAGACAAGUGCUUUAUAUAGUUUAUUUGUCCACAACACCAUACAUUUGAUUUCUGUAUUAAACACAAUAUUUUACGUUUAAACUAUUCAAAUCCUAUUCAUUUUAAUUUGUUCAUUUGUUGUAAUCACAUUAUUACUUUUAUUCUCAUAACAUCCUAAAUCAAAAUAAUUUUUGUAUUCAUUUCCCUAAUUUGUUACCCAUUUUCUUUUGCUUUCUUUUAUUUAACAUCACUCAUGUUUCACCCUUUCACACUCCCCUGUCUGCAAUCAACUCCUCCAUAAGCCUGGGCACAGAGUAAGUUUCCACUAAUCAUGCACUAACUUUGGUGAGGGAACGAUGAUUUGAAUUUUCUGUUUUGUUUCUACUGCUGAGAAUGCUUCUUUCUCUUUAACUAACCAGUUACUAACAACCCAAAUUAUUGCAUCCUGUUUUAGGAAAAACAUUCAAUUUGACAUGCAAGGAGAAACAAACUACUUUCUUCUUUGUAUAGUCGUAAAGGCAUGCAGAUAUGUUUAAUAAGGCAAGGUCUUCAGAAUUCACCUGUGGUUAUUAAUAAAAUCUGAGAUUUAUAAUAAAUACAUGUCAAGUUUUCGGUGGCAACAGAACAUUAACAUUAUUAUUGCUAUUUAUAUAGCGCCAACAGAUUCCGUAGCGCUUUACAAUAUUGAGAGGGGGAAACUUAACUAUAAAUAGGGCAAUUACAAGAAAACUUACAGGAAAGAUAGGUUGAAGAGUACCCUGCUCAAACGAGCUUACGGUCUGGAGGAGGUGGGAUUUACAUUACAUUGUAUUGGCAUUAAUUUUUGCAAUUUCUUCACUGCUUUUGUUUUGUGCCUCUUGUAUUAUGUCAGUUUUGGUGCAUGAAAUAUUUUGAUAUUGCAUAACAAAUACUAGCAGUGACUUAGAUUUGAGAGGGUACGGAAUGGAAGACAUUAUUGUAUAAUUGCUGGGUUUAUUUAAUGAAUCACGUAUUGCCGAUCAUUGACAAGAGAAUUGGAACUGGAGAAUAGCUUAGUUGGAAAUUAUCUAAAAUUUGCACUUCCAUAAUCUGUUCUCCACAAUUCCAAAUUUAGUGAAUGCAUCCCUUUGCAUGUUUUUUUGUGUUUCAGCCAUUUUUGCAAUUCAUUUGCAACAUUGUUAUAUUUUGUGCUACUAGAAUUUUAGCCCCUCCAGUCUGUUACUUGCAAACAGUAUCUAUAUUACUUCCCUUUAUUUACUGCUGCCUCUUGUAUAUGAUUAAAGGAUCACUAUAGUGUCAGGAAAAAUAAUCGGUUUUCCUGACACCAUAGUACCCUGAGGGUGCCCCUACCCUCAGGGUCCCCCUCCCGUGGUGUUGAAGGGGUUAAAACCCCUUCAGUUACUAACCUUCUUCCAACACCGGGCUCCCUUACCUCUCCUCCCCCGCCUACGUCAGCUCCCCCGUCUGACGUGAGCGGAAUGCACAUGUGCGGCAGUGCCGCACGCGCAUUCAAAGUGUCCAUAGGAAAGCAUUUUUCAAUGCUUUCCUAUGGACGCUGUGCGUGAUGUUGGCAUAAUGUGCCUCCAGCGUCGCAUAUGCACCUCUAGUGGCUGUCCGGAAGAUAGCCACUAGAGGCUGGCGUAACCCCAAAUGUAAACAUAGCAGUUUCUGUAAAAUGUUUACAGCAGGCAGGGUUAACCCUAGAGGGACCUGACACCCAGACCACUUCAUUGAGCUGUAGUGGUCUGGGUGACCAUAGUGUCCCUUUAAUAUUUCCCCUCUUUCCCUCAUAAAAUUAGCUCACAGUUGCAAAACUCAGACCAAUAAAGGUGCUUUCAGAUAAAUCUACACUUCUACUAAUUUCGUUUUAAAGUUUGCAAUAAGGUUUUCAAACCACAUUCCACUCCGUAAACAAACUAUUGUGAAAAGUCAUGUUCCAAAACAAUUUAAAGUUUUCAUUGUUAUUUUUUUUACAUAUAAAUUCUAAAUCUGUUUUAUAAUGCCACUGUCACUCCUCUGGCUCUCUUCUGCAAAUUAUUUGGGUUUGCUAGUACAAAUUAUAGACUUUUAAAGUUACAUCUUAAUUUCAACUGGUCAUGGGAAGUUUGUGUGUAAUAACCAUUUUAUGGUUUGUUUCAAGUCUAGUUAAUUAAAGCAGCACUGUCAUUUUGGGUACUACUUUGUAUGACUCAUUCUUCAGCAAAAUGUGGCAACGGGCAAAGCUUCAUCUGCCACUUACUGGCAUUUCCCAUGAAGAAGAUGUAGACAGACCUCAUCAUGAGUGAUGUGAAAUAGAUGCCUUUAGCACUUUAUUCUGCAAAUAUUAGAUAUUUUAUGGGAGAUCCAUUAAGUUUCAAGACCUUUCAUAGAUUCUCUUUAGUACUUUCGCGCAUGUGUAAGAUUGUAGAUUUGACAAGGCGAACCUGCCAGGAGCUGAAUAAACAUAAUGAUCCAAGACUGCAGCGAGAACUUUAGGCAAGUAUAUAAACUAACUACUCUUCCUUCCUGGCCAUCACUAUAGAAAUGGACAUAUCACCGUAAGUAGUCUUUUCUUAAAAUGAAAAGCGCCCACAAGUGACAAUGCUGCUCUAAUUAAUGUCAUUUUUGAAUUUCUCAUGUACCAGAUUAUUGGCAUUUUAUUAUUCUUUUUAGAAGUCUUUAUAUGUAUCCAAUUUUAGGUUAGUUUCUCUUUUGUACUGUUGCAUGGGCUAAAACUAGCAGGGUUAUUUACUAAAGUGAGUAUUACCAGGAAUUCAAAGUCAAUUUCAAAAUGUAGGCCAACAUAGCUGAAUAUGAAAAGAUUCAAGUCAUUUCUGUUUUCUGUUUGGGCCUUAAAAUUUAAUUUCACUUUGAGUUGCCAGCAAUUCUCACUUGAGUGAAUAACCCUGUAAGUAAAGAACAAAACUACAGUGUGAAGUGCCUGGUUUAUAAUGUUUUUGAAGUUGCCUUAUCCUAGAUUUACUUAUUUAUUUGAUUAGAAAUGGCACAUCAUUUAAAAACCAGUGCUUUGGGAUAAUCAUUUUAUUAAAUCUUGGGUAUAACUUAGAAACUAUAGCUUUACUGAGGCAGUCUGUAUCAUCUUUAGUGUUACAAUAAAAGCAAUUCCUUUUAGGAACUAAGAGAUGAGCUUCAUAUGCAGCAGUGUUAAGUUAAAAGGGCUAUGCACUGUGCAAUAAUGCUGAAAUUUUUGCAACACCAGUAUAAGCUUGUGAAGACUGGUCCAAAGUGCCUGAUACACAUAAUACUGAUUCCUACAAGCAACCCAAGAUGAUACCGUUAUUGUGCAAUUUCAUUGUUCUCAAACAUUUUAUAUUGAAUUCACUAAUCCUAAUAGAUGUAAUAUUCUACACCGUAAUUCUCUUAGUUUGGAUAUUUGUAUUUUUUUCACAUAUUAUGUUUCUAAUCUUAUGUUUGCUAAAUCUCUCUUUAAGUUGGUCUUAGUAUUAGGUGACCUGCAUAUUCCACACCGUUGUAACAGCCUGCCUGCAAAGUUCAAGAAGCUUCUAGUUCCAGGGAAGAUCCAACACAUUCUGUGCACCGGGAACCUCUGCACAAAGGAGAGCUAUGACUACCUCAAGACCCUGGCUGGGGAUGUUCACAUUGUCCGUGGAGACUUUGAUGAGGUUAUGACUAAUUCUUUACAGUUGGCUAUAAUAAGCUAGAACAUUUUUAAGUGGGCACUCGUACUACAACUUACUGUGUAGUAAUUUGUGUGAUGUAGAAAGUCAGGGUAGUGUUCUCUGGUUUUCUGUGAAACCAUUUUCAAUAGUUUUGACAAAGAACAGAGAGCCUUUUCUGAUGCACCUUAUACAAUAUGGAAUAUUCAUUUCCACGUUAUCCUUCCAAACCUGAAUGCCAAUGAUAGGCUGUGAUCACUGGGGAUGAGAGAACCCAACAAUCUCAGCCUGCUAAUGCUGUCAGAGGUUAGGUGGAUCUGCAUUUGAUAAUGGUGAAGUGCAGUCAAGAGAAACUAAAUUACUGACCACUUUUAAUCUGGAAUUUCUCUUAAAUACUGCUUCUGCCAUUUAUUUAAAGCAAGAGUGUAUCUGAAAAUGCAUUUAUUUAUUUUUACUAGUUUUUGUGAGCUUUUUCUAUUCGUAUGCAAACCUAAAAAGUGUUUAUGGCAUCAUUCCAUUUACUGCAAUCACUCCGUCAGAGUGAAUUGCUGCUGUUUUUGUAAAACUGUUUCCAAGUGGCACUAGGUAGUAUAAGUGGCACAGCUUGUGUCUUUUCUUUAGAUUGUAGCAGAUGAAAAGACCAGGAGCCUUUUCUGAUAGCCAUAAGUCUAUAUAAAUAUGCAGAUUUCCCUGCAGAUUUUGCUUGCACAGGAAGGUGUCAAAGGCAGGGUAUGAUUUAGCAUAAAUGUAUUCAAGCUCCUCCCUUUUCCAUAAUCCAAAGUGUACGUAAAACAAUGUAGUUAUACUUUAUCUUAUGUAUAUAUUUUGAUUAAGUUGGAAUUUCGGUGAAAUAUGGCUCGGUGUAAUGUGCAUCUAUUAUGGGCGAUCCACCUCUCGCUGCUAUGCAUUUAUCACCAUAGCUGCCUUCCAUGGCACUUCAUUCUCAAGAUUGGAACAUUAUAGCAUGUUACAAUUACAGUAAGACAAUGGAUAUCACCAUUUGAUUACUAUGACCUGGAAUUCUAUUCAGUUUAGCAGUCAUGUGACCCUUUGUUUGUGCCAGUUAACCGUAUUUAUUAGUCAUAUCUCCAUUUAUUUUACAGAACCUCAAUUACCCUGAACAGAAGGUCGUGACUGUUGGUCAGUUUAAGAUUGGCUUGAUCCAUGGACACCAAGUAAUUCCAUGGGGUGAUAUGGCGAGCCUGGCUUUACUACAGAGACAGCUUGAUGUAGACAUUCUGAUUUCAGGACAUACGCAUAAGUUUGAGGCAUUUGAACAUGAGAACAAGUUCUACAUCAAUCCAGGAUCUGCAACAGGGGCCUACAAUGCAUUAGAAAAGUGAGUUCAUUCCAUGCAAAUGCUUUUGUAUUUAGUACUCACAAUGUGCACAUUAUUACUAUAGUUGUAGUUUUAACAGUGGUAGCAAAAACACUAUAGGGCUUCCAAAGUGCUCAGUCUUCACACAAGCAUAUUAACUGACAUGAGGACACAUAGAUGAUCAGUCGCCAAGGCACACCUAUUUAUACCUCAUGGGAGGAUGAAGUUUUGAUGAAUCAGCUUGUAUAGGCAACCUUUUUUUUUUUUUUUUUUUUUUACUUGCCUUAGGAAAGACAUUGCUAGAGUAUAAAAUGUUUUUCUAUUAUCUUCCCAAGUUAUUUUAUUCUACAUUGCCCAAAAUAAAUGGGUCACACAUUCCUUCUUAUUUUUUUAGGUAGUACUGCCCAGCUGUAUUGUGUAUUCAGAUAAGUUAAUCCUUUUAUUGGCAAAGUUUAUUGUUUGUGAUCUUCAGAAUCUGGUCCCUAAAAGAAGAACACAUACUAUCUGUCUCCGUACACACUCCGUGAUAUACUGAGAACAUCACCUAAUAAUCUCAGCCUGUUACUAACUGCCUGGUUAACACGUCCUCAUACUAGAGAGCAGAGCAGAAGGCAGAGGAAGAGGUGCUAGGCACAGCUGUCGCAAUUUAGGGGAUUACCAUUGCCAAACAAUUUAACCUGUGAAGAUAAGAAAGUAACUGGACACUUCUUGCCCAUAACAGCUUAAUGAGUUUAAAAAGUUAUGGGAUGAGUGUCCUUUUAAAGUCCAGCUUGUUACACAGUCAUUUGUGUCUUGUUUUAAAUUAAUUGUACAUGUGAGUAAUGUAAAAUUAACUGGUCAUGUGUUAGAAGUUAAUGAUAUAACACAAAUGUUCAUUUGAAAUGAAAAAAAUCUUUCAAGGAAACAUUGGAAAGGUCUAUGAUCCAAACAUUGAUUGUAGGAAUAAAUUAAAGAUUAAAGGACCACUCUAGGCACCCAGACCACUUCAGCUUAAUGAAGUGGUCUGGGUGCCAGGUCCCUCUAGGAUUAACCCCUUUUUUUAUAAACUGCUAUGUUUAUAAAUCUUUAGAAACUGCUAUGUUUAUAAAUGGGUUAAUCCAGCCUCCAAAUCCUCUAGUGGCUGUCUCAUUGACAGCCGCUAGAGGCACUUGCAUGCUUCUCACUGUGAAAAUCAAAGUGAGAACAUGCAAGCGUCCAUAGGAAAGCAUUGUAAAUGCUUUCCUAUGAGACCGGCUGAAUGCGCGCACAGCUCUUGCCGUGCAUGCGCAUUCAGCCGAAGAGGAGGAUCGGAGGCGGAGAGGAGGAGGAGAGCUCCCCGCCCGGCGCUGGAAUAAAGGUAAGUUUAACCCCUUUCCUCGCCAUCCAGCCCGGCGGGAGGGGGUCCCUAAGGGUGGGGGCACCCUCAAGGCACUAUAGUGCCAGGAAAACGAGUGUUUUCCUGGCACUAUAGUGGUCCUUUUAACGCCAGGUUACUGGAUCCUUCUCUUAUUUUUGUUUUAUAUCCAGCUAUGUUCUACUCUAAAAAAACAACAAAAAAUGGUAAGAUAGCAGAUUGCUCUUUUUAUUAUUAUAACCUUCCUAGUUAUUUUUAUUACCUAAAUUAUUGCAAUAACUAACUCCAGCAAAGCUAUGUGAGUUUUACUUAUUUUAACAUUUUGGGGGAUAUUUCUUUUGUUAGUAAUUGGUAGGUGUUCAUUUCACGUAAUGUAAAGCUGGUUGAGUUCCAGAGAAAUCUUUACAUGUGUUCUGAUUUCUAUUACUAUAACUCUAUUUUCAAAGCAUGUGCAUGGUACAUGUGCUGGGGUGAAUUUAUUGAAUUUCUAUUCAAAUUUUGUCUUUGCAGUAACAUCAUUCCUUCCUUUGUACUGAUGGAUAUCCAAGCUUCCACCGUUGUUACCUAUGUGUACCAGUUAAUUGGAGAUGACGUGAAAGUAGAAAGAAUUGAGUACAAGAAAUCCUAAGCCGAAUCCCUUGAACUUUUCAUGGCCUUUAAUUUCCAUUCCCAUUCAUUCUUCAACCAGUUAUGAUACAUAUACUGCAGCAGUUAUAGGCAGUCUAUUGUAAUAUCCUUAAUGAUGUUUGCAUUGUAAGAUAACAUUGAAUUUGCUGCAACAGUAGGCUUGUGGUAAACAAUUAUAUAUGAUAAUGACAUUUACUUGUGUACUGAAUGUGUGAAAAAUUAAAUACUUAUGUAUAAAAUUAGUCUUGUAAAUAUCUUAACAUUAAGCAUUAACAUUCACUGAAGUAUGUUCCAACUUUACAAUACAAAUUAAAACUUUGGAGACACCUUG